GUCGGUCAACGAGCUAGUUCGACCUCACUGCCGAUGACACCCACAUACCCCUGGUGAUCUUUCAAGAGGCUCAACGGCGAACAUCGAAAGUUCGAAUUUCUAUUCCCUUUAUCAGCAUCACUCCGCGCUCUAUCAUUCUGCCGUUCACACCACUGCCUCUACAUUUACUCGACAUCGAAACCGUCUACAGCUCAACUUCUUUCCACAAAUCCUCCCAACCUCCGCACGACACACCAACAAACAACAAUAUGUGCUGCCAGAUGAUUACCUGGAGAUACCGAGGGUGCUAUCACGCCCCCACGAGCGAGAUGUCGCACACCGCCGAGUGCAGAGCGCAAGGUGGAGGUUGCCCUGGGGGCGUCAGGGAGGUUCCGCACGAGAUUGACGGCUAUUGCGAUAGCUGCUUGAAGAGCAUGUGUCGGCUUUAACAUCUUUGCCUCGAUAUCCGCAAGGAACUGGCCGGCGAACCGAUAUCGACCGACAGCGACAUACUUGCAAACGGCAUCAUGGCCAUGGAACCUGUACAUUUUUUUCGCGAGGGAGAGAAGCAAAGGAGACUCUGGCUUGGGGUAAUCACCACUAAAGGUGGAGUGAUAUAAUGGCUCUGGGCCCAAGGGACGGAAUUGGUACCAUCGUGUCUUGGGCUUGGACUUCGAUUAGAGGGCUGGCACUGUGUGUUUGGAAGGAGGAGGAUGUCUGUUUACUUUCGUGGCUCUUCUGUUGUUUUGUUUUUCUUUUGUUCGCGGUUUCUUCCCUGGGAUCUUUGUUGUCUGUUAUAUAUUUCUCCGACAUUCUUCGUAGUACACCCGCGCGAUUAUACCAUGGUCUUUUUAC